AGGCAUGAGGGGACAUAAGCACGAAAAAAAUACGUUGCAUUUUAUGUAAACCUGCUGAUUUAUAAAAAGCAAAUGUGAAGCAAAAUGAAAAGAUACACAAAUAAAAUUUGAAUGUUAAGUACAUCUACUAAAUUGCGUCUUCUUUAUUAACAGGACACAUUUCUCGAGAGCGAAUUAAUUUCGGAUAUUUUUCAUUCGGACAGAUGCACAAUAAUUGAGAACGUGAGAACGGAGUGUUCUAUCUGGAACUUCACUAUGGCAGAUUUUGUGAAAAGAAGUCAAUACAAUCAAAUUUGUACAAUUCAAGUAAGUGUCACAACUAAAACUAAUGCAGUAUGCGGCUCAGCAAGUGGUAUUUUAGUUGAUCCAGGCCAUGGGUAUGUUAUAACACAUGCUUCCAUCUUAUACACACUUCAAGACUACUUUCAUGACCAGCUACUGGAUAAAAUCAGUCGUCAUGGUUCCUCAUUGUUUGGAAAGCCCAUAUUUCAUUGCAAGGCUACAGUUGAAGUCCUACUUCCUAAUGCAUUUGAAAACAGGACAGGAUUACAUCCAACAGGGAGUACAAUACACACGGUGUUAAGUGGUGGUGUCAGUAAUCAUGCAAGUUCUUUAAGUAAACAUGCUGGAAGGAUAAUCAGUGUGUUUGAAAUCAAGAAUCUAAGGGAUGUGAUACAAGCAAUGCUUCCACAAGAACACUGGCAAUUUGAAGAUGACAUCACUGGACAAACACAGAAACCAGUAACCAUGCAAGAACCAGCACAGAAUAACAAUUCAACAGGGAAAAAACAAGAUUCUUUAUUCUGUUAUAUAUUGCUCCCUUGCUUUGUAUUGAUACAGAUAGAAAACUGGGAGCAGACGCAAAGUUCAUUGUUAUUUAGAAAUGCACUGGACAAUGUCGCUGGUGAUUUGAUUGAAAUUUGUGCAACCCCAUUUGGUGCAAUGCAUCCUGAAAUAUUUCUGAACUGUAGAAGUAGUGGUAUUAUCAGUAAAGUGGCUGGCCAUGACAAGGUGUUACUCUUCACAGAUGCCCGUUGCCUCCCUGGCUGUGAAGGUGGAGCACUCUUCUUUGUUCAAAAUGGAAUAAGAUUCCUUACAGGUAUGAUGAUUGCAUCCCUUUGCUGGAAGAAUUCAGAAUGGGUUGGCCUUUCCUUGGCUUGCUCUAUUACAGAGUUGAUUCAUGCUGUAAAGAGACAUGUUACAGUCCAGCAGACUUCCUGGGCUGACAAUGGCCGCAUUGAUUCAAGCUUAGGUGCCAGGAUGUGCUCUAGGAUGAUAUCACAGGUGUGCUGUGUCAGUGUAGGUUCUGGCUGGGGGUCAGGAGUUUACCUUGACCUUGACCUAGGGGUCAUCCUGACCUGCAGCCAUGUUCUGAGAGACAUUGAGCACAUCAAACAUGUGAAUGUCAUGAAUAGUGCUGGUCAGCAGAGGAGUGCCUGUGAUGUCAUUUAUAGGAGCCCUUUGGGGACCCAGUUUGAUAUUGCCGUGUUACAAAGUCGCCCAUUCAGGGGUCAGAAAACUGCCAGUGCCAGCAAUAUUAAGAGUGUUGAGGAAGGAGAAGUAGUUUAUGUGGUGGGGUAUGCCAUAUUUCGACAUGAUGGUGAUCCUGUUCCUAUGGUUACCAGAGGGGUGGUUGCCAAGGUGAAUAUGAUUGGGAAUGUACCAGUCAUGCUUCAGACAACCUGUGCUGUACAUGCUGGUGCCAGUGGCGGGGGUGUGUUCAAUAGCAAAGGUCAACUGGUAGCCAUGGUGAUCUGUAAUUCCAGGGAUUCAGUGUCUGGUGCUAGUUACCCGCAUGUCAAUAUGUGUGUCCCGCUGGCGACAUUAGAACCUUUCCUGUCUCAGUACCUAGCAAAUGGAGACAGAAGAUCACUGCAUAUUUUAACAACACACAAUAAGAGUAUUCAGAAAAUGUGGGAGCUUGGUUCAGCAGAAAAUGGAGUGAUGGGUAAACUGUGAAAUCUCCACCGAGCAUAGAAACAAAGAUGACUGUGUAUUUUAAUCAACUUUGAAGAGAUCACAACAGGAAGAUGACUGUGUAUUUUAAUCAACUUUGAAGAGAUCACAACAGGAAGAUGACUGUGUAUUUUAAUCAACUUUGAAGAGAUCACAACAGGAAGAUGACUGUGUAUUUUAAUCAACUUUGAAGAGAACACAACAGGAUUUCACUUGGCAUCCUGUGAUGAAAAAGGAAAGGCUGUUAAUAGCUUGACUUGUCUUUCAUAAUUAUGCAAUUUUAAAAUUGCCCUUGAGUUUGACAGUUAACGGUAUAAGUCUAUAAUAACCAGCUUUGUGGUCAAAGCUGGGACUAAGCUUGUGCAAGCUUUAAGUAUCAUAUCAAAUGAGUCUAUUGAACAAAUAAUUAUUUGAUUCCCAGCUAUGUUCAUUAGAAAACAGUUGAUUAACAAAGCCCACUGAAUUUGCCCAUGAGUUGUACACAUUCGCCCUUAACACAUUCACAUAUUUGUAUUUAGCAUUUAUUCAGUUAUACAUUCCCUAUAUUUAUAAAAAAGCAAAUUUUA